ACAAAUGACUGUAUGCAGAACUGUAGUAACACUCGAGGAAGCUACACAUGUUCAUGCGACGAUUUCUUUAAAGUUGAUCCAAAUAAUCCAAAGAAGUGUAUAGCCGAAAAACCUUGUUCCUCUGGCCAUGGUUGUGAACACGUUUGCUUCAAAGGGAAAAAUAACGAACCAAAAUGCACGUGCAAUGCUAAUUAUGAGCUGGAGAGUGAUGGAGAAAGUUGUAGAGAUAUCGAUGAAUGCGACCCUUCUAAUUCACGUCAUCGCUGCAGUCAUAUCUGUACAAAUAAACCAGGAGGUUAUCAGUGCUCGUGUGUAAAGGGAUUUGAAUUAGCCAAGAAUGGUUAUGAUUGUGAAGAUAUCAACGAGUGUCUUGACGUUGACUCGUUCAAUUGCACAGAUGAAUUUCACAAAUGUGUUAACACUCGGGGCUCUUACAAGUGUGAAUGUGAACAAGACUUAUAUUUUAUCAAUGGAAAAUGCAGAGCUCUGGAAAAAAAUGAGACAGUACCUGAGCCAGAGUUACCAAAACCCCGUGAACCAUCAAACAAGGAAAAAAAGGAAGCUGUCCAGUUCUCGAUUGAACCUACAAAUGAGAACUUCCUUGCCCUAAUAAAAUAUAUCUUCAUUCAAUUUUAUGAUUUAGAGACAACAAGUAUCUUAAAUUACACUUCUCUCCGCCAAGCAUGGACUGUUGUGGAUUGUAACUCUACAAUGGGUUUUUACCCCUCACGGUCCCUCCUUUUCGAUCUUUACACUAAAGAUCAAAUCCAUCUUAUGCCAGGUUACCCAAGAAACUCAUCCGGGCUUCUUCAGAUAGCGUUCUACAUUCAGCAACCUGCUGGCCAAUAUGUCGGCAACGCAUCAGUGCUACCACAGAGAAUACUGAUUGAGAUUAUAAGAUAUCAUGAGAGCGACAUUGAGACAGCUAUCGGCGCAAAUAUCUCUGAUAUAGAAGCGUGGUUCAAACCAACCGCUCCACCAUCAGUAGGGACAGCUAAACCUGAUGACAAACAGUGGAAGUGGAUUAUAAUUGGUGUUAGCGUAGGAGCAGUGGUUCUAAUUGUGAUCGUUUCCUUUGUCGCUUGGAAAUGUCAGAAGAAAAAGGACAAGAGGGUCGUGAUCCCCGCUGAUGCAGAUGACACACCUCAGCAAAAUAUCACCAUGAAAAGUUUUCAUCAGUCUGUUGAGAACUUGCAGUUAGCACCCAACCAGUGAAACGCUUUUUUCUGCGGUAAAUGUAGAAAGGAAGCCCCUCUCCCCCCCUCCCCCCCCAUAGCUGCACGUAUCAGGGAACUUUUGUUGUUAAAAGGGAAAAAUGUAAGUAGUCCGUAGAUUAGUGAUCGCCUUUUCAGUCGUGUGGUGGUAACCUUUUGUCAAAACUCAUUUUAGAAAAAAGCAAUUGGACGAUAUAAUAUCUUACGCGUGAUCAGCAAGUUGGUUGUACAUUUUCUUAGGGUGGUAUAGACGAGGCACCGGUUGUUCAAAGGCUGGAUAACACUAUCCUCUGGGUAAAUUGCAACCAGCGAUAAGACUCAGUUGGUAUGUUUUUCAGAACUUAUUUGCUGGUUGACGAUUUAUCCGGUGGAUAAUACUAUCUUGCCUUUGAACAGAUGAGGCCAGUGGUAUAGUCGGUUUCUGUAUAUACAUUUAGAGACCAUUUCCAUUGAGUAAUUUGUAACUUUCUUACAUUGAGUAAUUUGUUCAAAAUUUAGGUCGUGUUUAACUCGAUUCAACCGUUUCAACCACAGCCAAUAAACAGUCUUGUGUCGUCAUUCCAA